GAGUGGAAGGCCCAUGUCAAAGAAGAGCUUGGCAAGUCUGUCAAGGAGUCCGUGGCCGCUGGCAACAAGACCGUCCUCGAGUUGCUCGAAGCUGUUCGCCAAAGGGUACAGGACAACCAGGCUACCAUGGACGAGAAGAUCAUGUCAGUCGUCAGGCCACAGCCACCCCCUCGGGUUCCUGCGGGCUUCGACCGCGACCCUGACGGCACGAUCGUGGUGGCGAUGUCGCAGAAGCACACUACUGUGGCCCACGCACGUGAAACCCUUCAGUCAUUUCUCAGUGGGCUGGGCUAUGAGGCGUCGGAGUAUGAGAUCAAAGCUGCGGGGGGCGAACCAUCCAAGCGCUUCGUUGUGGCCUUAAAGGGUGCGGUGGCUCCAGCGACGCGCAAGGCGCACACGGUGCUGCAGAACCUCAAGGUGGACAAGCAGUGGUGGGAGUUCACAGUCGGCGUCACAGGCUCGGCUGACUGCAGGCUCUUCCUCGGACCAGACAAAAGUCCGAAACAAGUUAAGACAGAGAUGCUACUUCGGCGGUGCCGCUCGGAGAUCGCGAAUGUGUACCCUCAGGCCAAGCUGUUCACGGACCGUGAGCGAGGAUGUCUGCUGGUGGGCUGGGACAAGAUUCUCAAAGUGGAGGUUGGUGCGGGACAGGAUGAGUCAAAGCUCCAUUGGGAGCCCAACCGUAUCACGAAGAACAACAUGGACAUCGAACGACUGCGG